AUGGAAGCACUGCUUCGCCAGUUCUUUAAUAUUCAAGGCGAUGGUAGAGUGGUUAUUCAUAAUUUAAAUGCACUUGCGACUUGUGAUAGUGUUAAUGGUGGUGAUGGAGGAGAGGAUAAACAAGGAGUCGAUGAUAUUAUUACUAAUGAUAAUAUUGAUGAUGAUUUGCGUGAGAGGUUGAUAUUUUUUACAAAUCAAUUUACUAUAUUCCCAACUGGAAGGCAAUUAACAAGUCACUAUAACGUGCAUACAGCAACUUGUAAUCCCAUCAAAAAAAGGUGGCUUUUCGCAUCUCGUUCCGGCCCUCGAUAUAGUGACAACCCAAAGAUGGUAUCAAUUCUUGCGCUCAAGAAAUGGGCGGUGGAAGCUGCGAAUGAGAAAUCAGACUUUAAUUUCCUUCCAUCUAAACAUUUACUUGAACACCCACAUCCACCACUUCAUCCAUGUCAAGAAUUCUUAGAUGUUGAAUUCUGGACACGAAAUUGUCAAAUGAAAACUAUCGACACUGGUCGAUACAAAUCUUUUUCUUUGCCGGAAACUGUGUCAUUUCGUAUUUCUCCCGUGCUUGAGGGCGAAUACGUUUUUAAGAAUAUUAUAGAUUUUGUCGGAGCGGCUGUUACGAUUCUAAGUAAUCGCUACGAAUCAGAACCCACAUUUCCGGUUUACGCCACUUUUUUACCAAUAGAUUUGAUGGAGGCUAUUACAAAGAGAGAGAUUAUAAAGUAUAUCACUAAAUUACCCGAAUCGUACCGAUGUCCGGCUGAAAAAGUUGAUGGCAUUGAAGAAGAAUUGCGACGUUUGAAACAAUUUCGUAAUAAAAAAAUUAGUGAUAUCGCAAAACGAGAUCCUGAAACAAUUCAACGAUUCGUAACAAUUUAUAAAGAAUUCAAGCAGACGUUGCAUGAAAUCCGUGUUGCCGAUCCACCAUUCAUUAUUUGCUUUUCUAUGGUAGACUGGGAAUUCACUGUUAUUUGGCUUCGACAACGUGAACAUCCGGGCAUUCUCAAGUAUCUUCCUGGAUUUUCUCGACGUCCUUCUAUCUCGCCGAAAACUUUUCUUUGGCCUCGCUAUGAUCAUAUGAAAGAAACAUGGGUUCCAAAAAUUAUCUGCAACAAUCCGACCUGUUACCAAAGUCAAGGCGAAUCAACUGAUCCACAAAUAAUGGAGACUUUUCGCGAUUAUCGACAUCGCUUCAUCAAGAGACGUCAAGAUGGUACUUUGGGUGUUGUGCCAGAAGUCACAUAUAAUCUCAAAUUAUGCUCGCGUUGCAAAAAAGCCAGAUAUUGUGGCGUCUUGUGUCAAAAAGCAGAUUUGAAGAGACACAAAGUUGUUUGUAGUGACUCGUAA